CCUCCUCCUUCCCCCGGCGUCGCUGGAGCAGCUCGGCUGCCUGCAAUCCAACAUGGAGUAGAGAGAGAUGGGGCUCUAGCGGGGCCACCCCUCGGUAACAACAGCGACGACGCGCUUCUUUUACGCACAACUGGAACCGGAGUCGUCGGUGAAAACAUGCGCCUUAGGACUUAAAAACGGAGUGUGUUGCCUUUGCGCGCUCGUGUGUGUGUGUGUGUGGUGUGUGUGUGUGUUUGGGGAGGGAGGGAGGGUAGGGGGGAUAGAAGAGAAGAGCUGGAUUCGGCUACUAAACUGUCUUGUAUAGGCUACGUUACCUACUGAAGGCGAUGGUGGUAUUAAAGUUGUAAGGGGAUAAGAAAAAAAAGGGGGCAUUUGCGAUCCUUGAAGAAACUGGGUGGCUCCGGACGGAAGGGGGAAAAGUGAGGAAAAGAAGACGGGAGCUACAGCCAGUCGAAGGCAAGCCAAAGAGCCGACACUCGCACAAAGGCGCAGGGGGGAUUUAUGCGGAAUUGGAGACAGAAUCGGAGGAGCCGCGGCGAAAGAAUGACGAGCGAAAAGUAUGCAACCGCCGUGGUACAUUACCUGAGGUGAAACGAGAAAAAUGGUAGAAGAAACACACCCAAACGAUGACAGCUACAUCGUGCGUGUGAAAGCGGUGGUGAUGACGCGGGACGACUCGAGCGGUGGCUGGUUGGCCCAGGACGGGGGAGCUCUGACCAGGGUUGGCGUGUGCCGACUCGUGCCAACAGAGCUGGCACCCGUGCCGGCCUCCAGCUUUUCCCAGUUCCUCAUCCGUGGUGAGCGUCUUCGAGACAAACAGGUGAUCCUGGAGUGUCCGCUGAGGAAGGACCUCGUGUACACUAUAGCAACGCCCACGUUUCACCAUUGGAAGGUGGAGGACAGGAAAUGUGGUCUGUCCUUUCAGAGUCCAGCUGACGCCAGAGCGUUCGAUAGGGGGGUACGGAAAGCCAUCGAGGACCUGGCUGAAGGCUCCACCACGUCCUCUACAGCACUCCAGAAUGAGGGCGAGCUGGGUGACGACGACGUCUUUACUAACACCACGGACAGCUCAUCCAACUCCUCCUCCCAGAAACUGGAGAGCUCUCUGCAGCCGCUCGAGUCCUCGCCCCUUCCGCAGAGACACAAGUGCAUGCUGGGACAUCGCCACGACCUCCACGACCCCUACCGGCUCUCAGACCACUACUUCUUGGACCAGCCGUUGUCUCGGCUUCCCCGUCACGUCACCUUCCAGGAUGAGGAAAUCGUCCGCAUCAACCCUCGGGAGCGCAGCUGGGAGCGAACCACCGAGCGCCUUCAAGGACGCCAGUCGGAUCGCCCUUGGCUCACGGGCUAUGAGGACUACCGCCACGCCACGGUGCGUGACAAGUUCAUCCAAAUGGACGAGUCCUACGUCCACUUUGCCAAGACGGAGGCGCAGAAGCACGACUACACCUAUCCGCUCGCACCGGCCCUGUCGCCCUCAGACUCUGACCCCGCCCUUGGACCCUUGGUCAACAAGGGCCACAGCGGCUCGUACCGCCAAGGCUUUUCUUCGGUGGUUUCCUCCCAGCCCCUUUCUUUCCUCCCGAGCUCCUUCCCGUCCACCAACGGAGGGAAAGGGCGAAAGGAGGACGGGGCGGAGCGGGCUCAGUGCGAGCACUGUGGCGAGGCCUUUUACAUCUCUGACAACCGGAGAGGCCGGUGUCAGGAUGCACCGGACCCUGGGCGGGCGUGCAUCCGGCGGGUGAGCUGCAUGUGGCUGGCAGACACCAUGCUCUAUCACUGCAUGUCAGACCCAGAGGGGGACUACUCGGACCCCUGCUCCUGUGACGGGGGCGAGGGCAGCGGAGGAGGCCGACGCUGGUUAGCUCUGCUCGGCCUGUCUCUCGUGGCGCCCUGCCUCUGCCUGUACCCGCCUCUCCACGCUUGCCACCGGGCGGGGCUCCGGUGCGGCUGCUGCGGGGGCCGACACAAGGCCCUGAGCUGAGCAGACGCGCUUGUAAAAAAAAAAAAACCUCUCGGAGGAAACGACAGAACACCUAAAAAAACCCAACGCAAGCACAGGGAAAGGGAAGGAUGGGGGAAGGGGGGGAAAUGCACAGAGGGGACGAGCGGUCAAGGCCGCUCGCUCUCCUGCCUUGGUUUCUCUGGGUUUUCUCGACAAAUUCCAGACACUGAAAUAAGCCAAAAACAAAAAAAA